CUCAAUUCUUAUAAAUUCAGGCGUCGACCUGUCAUCCUGUUGUCAUGUCUGGCAGAGUACACAGUCAUUGCCCAGUCAAUCAUUCAAAGUAAUAACAAGUCAUUACGCACACUUCUAUUAUAUAUUUCACUGCGAACUCAGCGGUUCUCAAACUGGUUUGAUUGACUUUGGACCCCAUCAUUGUUUGCAAUAUCUAUCACCGCAUAUUUCCAAUCCCUUUGCCCAAAUGGAGCCUGAAAGCUCAGGUCUAUACAUGACAUACUUCGAUCCGACGCAGAACAUGACAACUGGAGCUGUAUACCAUACGUACACACAAUCCACACAACACACCAUGCCGGAGCAUGUCAACCACUACUACGAGGUUGUUCCAGUGCAGAAUGGGCCUAACCUUGCCUCUGGUGACCUGCAGGCAGUGUAUCGGGACUUGGGGUCUUUUCAUCCAACCAUGUAUGGCACCUCCACUCCAGUGAGCAAUUCUCAAGUAGAUGGCGGCAACCCACUCCAAUCCACCCCUUCAAGCACCUACCCGAGGACUGGGGUCGACAACACGUUUGCCCACCCACCAGGCCUUGAUGCAUAUAACAGAAACGCCAUGACAAGGUCGCCCACUCAUCCCUGCCGCUGGAUGAACUGCAACAGAAUGUUCAAGCGCAUCUCGGAGCUGAGGAGGCACGUCAACGCCAUCCAUAUCUCCCCAGAAUCCUUUCCAUGUGCACUCUGUGGGCAUCGUUGCAACCGGAAGGAUACUCUGAAGCAGCAUAUGUUGCAGUCCCAUCAUUCGACUCGCACUGCAAAUAGGGCUAUAGAGUAUUGAUGACUUUGUGUACUCUUUCUUGAUUCAAGACCAAGUUUCUUCGGUUCUCUUGGCUCCAUCGUUGCUUUCUUCUCCAUAAUGGUCUUUGUUUCACAUCAUUUCGGGGUUCAUCUGAUUUGACGAUUUACGAUGUCUAUAUCUCAUGGUACUUUUUUCUAUCUAUUCUGCCUUCUCUUUGCACUUUCUUCACAUGUAUUCCGGCA